GUGUAGUUGUGAAACUGAAAGAAAAAUCUUCAAAAUAUUUGCUUUUGCUACAUCUUCGUUAUAAUUAAUUUUCUCAAUAUCUUAUUUAGACAAAAACCUUAAACCAAGAAGUAAUAUAAACAUGUAAGCAUGGGAAUAAGAAAAAAUGUCAAAAUCAGUUGUUGGUACAGUCAUAAUAAAACGAUCGUGCACACAAUUACUGAGAGAUAAUGUGGACCGAAUUUCAGUGUUAUUUUCUGCGAUUUUGAGUGAGAAGUGUUCUCUCCAAAAAACUCAUAGUGAACAUACUGUAUUUGAAGUGUUAAUAUCCGUACCGAGUGAUUCUGAGAGGACCCCAAGUCCGGAUUUUCUAUCUAGGUUGCAGAAAUAUGUAGACGAAAUAUGCGUGGAGGGUUGCACAGGUACGGUGGCAGGCGAGGACUCGAGCUACGAUUCCGACUAUGAACUCGACCCACCGCCGACAGGACACCAAGAUGUCUCUCGCACCACCAGCGACACCUUGGCUGCCGAAUACGCGGAAUAUGUGCAAUCGACGCCUGAAGUUGCCGCCGGAUAUACAGCCAGGGUAGAGUUUGCCUUGAAGUUGGGCUACACGGAGAAAUUGGUGCAGGCUGCCUUACAGAAGUUGGGUGCUUCGCCCACUCAGAAUGAACUGUUGGCCGAACUCAUCAAGCUAGGCGCCCAGAAGGGCAGUUCCUGCGACAGUAGUCCUACGGAUGGCAACCUCGACAUGACUGCCUUCCAGAUGGAGACUAUAGAAGGAACGCAGUCCUUACGUCCGAUAGUCAUAGAUGGUAGUAACGUAGCUAUGAGCCACGGCAACAAGGAGACGUUCUCCUGCCGCGGCAUCAAGAUAUGCGUCGAUUGGUUCAGGGCGCGCGGCCACACGGACGUCACCGUGUUCGUACCCAAGUGGCGCAAGGAGGCCCCCCGGCCCGACAACCCGAUCCGCGACCAGGAGCUGCUGGCCGAGCUGGAGCGGGAGCGGCUGCUGGUGUUCACGCCCAGCCGGCACGUCGGCGGCCGACGGACGGUGUGCUACGACGACAGAUACGUGCUGAAGCUGGCCGCGCAGACCGAUGGGGUUGUCGUCAGCAACGAUAACUAUAGGGACUUGUGCCAGGAGAACGCCGAGUUCCGCAAGGUGGUCGAUGAGCGCCUCCUCAUGUACUCCUUCGUCAACGACCACUUCAUGCCGCCCGACGACCCGCUGGGCAGGUCCGGCCCCACGCUGGACAACUUCCUCAAGUGCCAGCCGAGGCGCGGCGAGCCGCCGCCGCCGUGCCCCUACGGCAAGAAGUGCACGUACGGCAACAAGUGCAAGUACCACCAUCCGGAGCGGGGGCCGCUGCCGCACAAGAGUGUCACCGAGCGGUUGUCGGAGCACGCGCAGAGGCACUUGCAGGCAAGAGAAUGUGAUAUAAGGAAGACCCCGCUUGGCAGAACAAGAUCCAACGUUCCUCCACCGAAAGAGCAACAGCACGCCAUAGUUUCUAAGAGUCGAAGUGUUGAUAAUGUCGGCACGUCUUAUCAGCACAUCCAACCCCAGGAUAAUCUCCAUAAGAAAUUACAAAGGCAGCUAACACUGAAUCCUGGUGCCGACCCCAGAUUACCAAUGAGGUAUCCAGGCCCUCCAAUAUCGAGCGCCCAAAGCAGUCACAUGUCCCUUGGCUCCCAAGGAACGCCCUAUAUGGGCCACCACGGUUGGGAUAUGCACCAGCACGUCACGAGGAUAGCCUCUGCACCAGAUUCGUACAGGCCCUGGCCCCCCCAACAACAUCCUCAACAGAGACAAAUGCAGAGAAUAUCGAGCUGCUCCGACACGCAGCUGAACGUGUGGCCGCCCGCCUGGUCCCAGGCCGGUACGCCCCACUUGGCCACCGCCUCCGCGCAGGAGGACGCGCGCCGUAAGCUGCACUACCAUCUGGCGGCCAUCUUUCCCGAGGAGCAGGUGGCGCAGGCCAUGCACAUGUACCCCGAGGAGACGAACCCGCAGAAGAUAUGCGCCGCCAUUCUGUCCAUGUUCCCCAAAACGUAAGGUGAAUGUUCCCAUAAUGGUGUCCGCUAAACGAGGGGAUUUCCUCCGGGAAAUUUUCAGGAGAUUCUUUCUGGACAAACUCUUUUCACAUGCACAUGUAUCCCAAGGAGAUGAACCCGCAAAAAAUAUGCGCCGCCAUUCUGUCGAUGUUUCCCAAAACGUGAGGUGAAUGUUCACAUAGUGGUGUCCGCUAAACUAGAUUACCGCAGGAAAAGUUUCAGAAGUUUCUUUAUGGACAAACUCAUAUCACAUGCAGAUGUACCCCGAGGAGACGAUAUCGCAGAAGAUAUGCGCCACCAUUCUGUCCAUGUUUCCCAAAACGUAAGGUGAAUCUUCUCAUAAUGGUGUCCGCUAGACUAGGAGAUUACUCCAGGAAAAGUUUCAGGAGAUUCUUUAUGGACAAACUCAUAUCACAUGCAAAUGUAUCCCGAGGAGAUGAACCCGCAGAAGAUAUGCACCGCCAUUCUGUCCGUGUUUCCCAAAAAUAAAGGUGAAUGUUCACUUGAGUGGUGUUCGCUAAACGAGGAUAUUCCUCUGGGAAAAAAAUCAGGAGAUUCUUUCUGCACAAACGCCAAACUCAUUUCACAUGUACAUGUACCUCGAGAAGACAAACCCACGCUGCCAUUUUGUCCAUAUUUCCCAGCACAUUUUGUCCAUAUUUCCCAAAACUUGAGGUGAAUAAUAUGCUCAUGGUAUACAUCAAUACGAGGAAAUUUCU